CUCGGAAAGGUGGUUUACCUCCCGGAUAUAAACAUAUUAACCGACUUUCAUGAAAAAGAGAAUCGCAUCUUUGAACCUCUACCAUCAGAAUGCUUCACCAAGGAACCCUUGAUUUCCUUAAGCAGCAAAUUCGAUUACUAUAAAAGUACCAAGGAAUUGUAUCAGUCACUGGCCACAGAGUCAAGCCUGAGCGCCUCGUUUACCUCUACGUUUACUUUGAGCACUACUGUAUCAGCGGCAACAAAGAGAAAAAGCUCAGAGAAAAUGGAAGUGGCAUAUCUUUGAUCAAGGAGGCGUAGAUAGAAAAGAUUUAAGUCCACAAAGAAUGCUAAGUGAAAGAAAAAAAGUCCACCCUGGUUGAAGAUUUCCUGGACUAUUUAGAGAACUUGCCAUUAAUGGUUGAGACACCUUGGUUUCACAAUUCUUGGAAAGAAUAUCGUACUUUCCUAAAUAAAUAUGGCUCCCAUGUCAUAACAUCUGUGAAGCGCGGAUCAAGGUUCCAGCAAAUGGUCUUCGCAGAGAGCUCUGAAUCGUAUAGCGAGAGAGAUUUCCAGAUGAAAGCCUGUAUCUCAGCUGCAGGUCCCACGCCUAUCGGAAAACUUGACAUUUCUGCUUGUUCUAACGGAACCAGCAGUAAAAGAUCCAAGGCAAGCAAGAUGAGUAUUAGCGAGAAACGGUUCGCCAGGGAAGGAUUGAGGGCAACAAGUGGCGAGCUGGCAAAUGGAGAAACGUCAGCUGAACUGAUUAAAAAACUUAUAAAGGAAGCCGAUGAGGCAACUUCACCUAUCCAGUAUACCUUCGUGCCGAUCUCGAGCAUAUUACAAAGCCGCUUUAAACCAGGAUCUAAGAAUUACAUCCGAGCAACAAACCUCGACUACUACAACGGUUUCUUAAAUUAUGGUUGUACCUACAAGAAAAAAUCUAAUCUGUUGAACUUCAAAAAUUCGACUAAACCAGAAGAUCAAAGAAGGAACGUCCAGAAUUCGAAUGUUCAAUCGCAAAGGAAGGUUGCCAUGGCGACAAUGAUUGUCACUACGUGCUUGGUGUCUGGUGCAAUUGCGGAGGAAAAACGUGCGUUCGCCACAAGUCGGAGAAACAAAUCCCCCCUUGUUCCAAGGAAACUGCAUUUAUGUACACGGCAAAAUGGGACUGGAAAGGAUGCAAUUGGAAAGUCUUGGGGUCAUGGUGUGGCUGCUACAACAAAGAUUUCCAUGAAAGGCACGUUGUGUGGUCCUUACCUGCCACCUCAAAAGAUGUCGGUAAACAUAAAGCACCUGGUAACAGAACCUACAACGAGGCAAGUGAUCCUGUUACAGGUCAAGCGGAAGGAAUGGCAACACCUUACACAGCUGAAGAUGCUGCCAAGCUCAUGGCGAAACAUCCAAUUCAAACCCAACUGAAGGAAGAGGAAAUUUAA